AUGGCUCACGUCGUGCAGAGCUUGGACCAGCCCUCCAAUUACAAAGACUCGCAAACACGAGUCGAUAGACAGAAACAGAACGAAUUGCUAGCGAAGUCGAGCACGUUAUACGUCGGUAAUUUGAGUUUCUACACAACAGAAGAACAAAUAUAUGAGUUAUUUACCAAAUGUGGUAGCCCUGAAGAUGGAGGUGGAGUGAAGCGCAUAAUCAUGGGCUUGGACCGCAAUACCAGGACACCUUGUGGUUUCUGUUUCGUCGAGUACUAUACUCACGAGGAAGCAUUGGCUUCCAUGAGAUACAUAUCCGGCACGAAGCUAGACGAACGUAUUAUCCGGUGCGACCUGGAUCUUGGCUAUAAGGAUGGCAGGCAGUUUGGCCGGGGGCGGAGCGGGGGACAGGUGCGUGACGAACACAGACAAGAUUAUGAUCCUGGACGCGGCGGAUGGGGUGCGCAAGCCCAACGGUUGGAGAUCGAGAGGAGAAGAGAGGUGGAAGAGCGCUAUGCAGACGCCAACGGAAUGGCAGCUGGUGGAGGAGGAGACUGGAAGGAGGCAAAUGUACCCGUCGCUCCAGAGGCAACUCUCAAGAGAGGCCGCUCGCCCGAAGAUGACGGGAGUAAUGCGCGAGGAGGCCAGCGAGCACGGGUGGGCGACCCAGAUCCGGAUGCAGAGAGGAUGUAA